CACACACGCGCGCGCGCGCACAUUUGCGCAGGUAUUUCAACCACAAGAUAAGGUUUUAAUGCGCCACAACGACAGGAGCGACAGGAAAGCCAACAGUUUUUCAUGUCUGGCCCUUAAAAGGACAGUUUGAGACAUUUAUUCAGCAAGUCGAAACCCUUCCUGAGAUAUCUGGGCUGCGUGGAGAGCCGGCUCGAGCAGAUGCGCCCCUCCGUCGCGGAUAUUCCACUGGGAGGAAGUCUGGGUGCAUGACGGAGUGAAGGCGACACUCUCCUGGAAAUUGUUCCGUCGCUGCCUGCGGGGAUUUACCUGUUGUUGUUGGGGAUUUAAAAACAUCAUCAGGCACCCUAAGAAUAAUGUUUAUUUUUUGGAAAAAACGCGUUUGGGAAGUUGACCAACACAAUCAAAGCGAUUUUUUGGACAAAAACGAGAGAAAACGUUCCAAAUGGCAAGACUGAGCGGGACCUGUAAGACCGGAGAAGAUCGUUCUAAAUAUUUUGGAGUCUCACGUUUUCUUUUUUGCCAAAUAGGAUUUUUUUUCUUCGCGGUGUGCUCAGUCAACGUGACCAUGCUGAAAAAAAGUCUUCCCAAAUUCCUUUGCGCAUUCGGUUUAAAGUGGAACUCUGAUUGUUGAUCAUCUUUCUGCUCCGAAACACCCGAGUCAUAAAAUAAAAGUUGGCUCAAGGAAAAUCCUGAUAUUUGGAUUUUAAUAUUAUUAUUAUAUUUUUUUUUAGCUCUAUGGAGAUGUGAGUUCGGUGCGUUCCAAAUUCACACCGAGGCUUCAACGCAGAACCCAAACAUUUCACCAAGAAAUCAGGAUUUGUACCGCAGUUGUGGCAGAAAUGUCUGCGCUUACACCGAUUCCAUAAGGUGGAUAGUGGUUCUCGAUGGUGCUCACCGGAGAAACCGGGGCUGUUCGGUUCAGCGGAUCCCGGACACACCUAUUUUAAUGCCAGGCAAGAUCUCAUCUGGGUUGCAAUGACGACCGAGGAGUGUCCUGUGCCACUGAUGAUCAUUUCCUCGGCAGUGCCAGGGCAGAACGAGGAGUACUGCUCGGCGCAGGCUGAUGACAUCAUUGAGGAAGUGGGGCCAGGUGAUGAUGCCAGCAUCGGCAGUGACCUCAGCACCCUUGUGGUGCCCUUCCCUGAGCUGGCCCCCGUGGUCUUCUUCUGCCUCAAGCAGACCACCUGUCCUCGAAACUGGUGCAUUCGCAUGGUUUCCAGCCCGUGGUUCGAGAGGAUCAGCAUCAUGGUGAUCCUGCUCAACUGUGUGACUCUGGGCAUGUACCAGCCGUGUGAGAACAUCGACUGCACCUCGGACCGCUGCCAGAUCCUGCAGGCCUUUGAUGCAUUUAUUUACAUCUUCUUUGCACUGGAGAUGGUGAUAAAGAUGGUGGCUCUUGGGAUCUUUGGUCGUCGCUGUUACCUAGGAGACACGUGGAACCGACUGGACUUUUUCAUCGUCAUGGCAGGGAUGGUAGAGUACUCACUUGAUCUACAGAACAUCAACCUGUCGGCCAUCCGAACUGUAAGAGUCCUUCGGCCCCUCAAAGCCAUCAACAGAGUCCCGAGCAUGCGGAUCCUGGUGAACCUGCUGCUUGACACUCUGCCCAUGCUGGGCAACGUGCUGCUGCUCUGCUUCUUCGUCUUCUUCAUUUUUGGCAUCAUCGGCGUGCAGUUGUGGGCGGGGCUUCUGAGAAACCGGUGCUACACGGAAGAGAACUUUACCAUCCCCUCCGGUAUGACCCUUCCAGCUCCGUACUACAGACCAGAGGAAGAUGAUGAGCGUCCCUUCAUCUGCUCCCUCGCUUCAGACAAUGGCAUCAUGUCAUGUUCUGACGUACCAGCAAGGCGUGAAGGAGGACGUGUCUGUUGUCUGGAUAAGGAAGAUGCUCUGCACAGACAGUCUUUGGGUCUGAGUCCUGAGAUGGUGGCCAACGGCAGCGGUGCUGGUGAAGCACUGGGUCUGUGCAUCAACUGGAACCAGUAUUACACUCGGUGCCACACUGGGAACAGUAACCCGCACAAAGGGGCCAUUAACUUUGACAACAUAGUCUAUGCCUGGAUAGUAAUUUUUCAGGUGAUUACUUUAGAAGGCUGGGUGGAGAUCAUGUAUUAUGUGAUGGAUGCACACUCCUUCUACAAUUUCAUCUACUUCAUCCUACUCAUUAUUAUUGGUUCAUUCUUCAUGAUCAACCUGUGCCUGGUGGUCAUCGCCACCCAGUUCUCAGAAACCAAGCAGCGAGAACACCAGCUGAUGCAGGAGCAAAGGGCACAGUGCCUGUCCUCCUCCACCUUGGCCAGCAUGACAGAGCCAGGAGAUUGUUAUGAGGAGCUCUUCCAGCUCGUCUGCCAUGUCCUUCGCAAGGCAAAGAGGAGAUCAGCGGCUCUCUACUACACUCUGAGGGGCAAGCCCCCACCGCCUACCGGAGGCCGAGGGAACAGGAGAGGAGGGGGGAAUGUGAACAGAGAGCAACAUCAUUACAGGCAUCCAAAAUCAAGCAAAUGUCCACAUCACAACAAACAGGAGCACAGCUCUCAGACACAAGCCAACUCCAUCUGUCUGUCUGUCCCUGACAACCCAGAGGAUUGUUCCGUCUGUGCUUUAUCUUUGAAAGAAGGUACACAGACCGUAGGAGAUUCAGCUAACGGUGAAGAAAGUGAAGAGGAUGCUGUGAAGGAAACUGACAAAGAGAAGGAUCGCCUAGAAAAGGACAGUGGACAGAGAAAGAAGAGGAGGACGUGCUUUGGACGGUGUAGAGACCUUUGGAAAGGUAUGAGGAGGAAACUUUGGGGCAUUGUUGAGAGCAAGUACUUCAGCCGGGGCAUUAUGAUCGCCAUUCUCAUCAACACCAUCAGCAUGGGCAUUGAGCAUCACAACCAGCCUGAGGAGCUGACCAAUGUUCUGGAGAUCUGUAACAUCGUCUUCACCAGCAUGUUCACCCUGGAGAUGAUACUUAAGCUCACCGCUUUUGGCUUCUUUGAAUAUCUGAGGAACCCCUACAACAUCUUUGAUGGAAUCAUUGUCAUCAUCAGUGUGUGUGAGAUCAUCGGCCAGGCAGAUGGCGGUCUGUCAGUGCUCAGGACGUUCAGGCUGUUGAGGGUCAUUAAGCUGGUGAGGUUCAUGCCUGCGCUGAGACGGCAGCUUGUGGUGCUGAUGAAGACCAUGGACAACGUGGCCACCUUCUGCAUGCUGCUUAUGCUCUUUAUCUUCAUAUUCAGUAUCCUGGGAAUGCACAUAUUUGGCUGUAAGUUCAGUUUGAAGACUGAGGCAGGAGACACAGUUCCCGACAGAAAGAACUUUGACUCCUUGCUUUGGGCAAUCGUCACAGUCUUUCAGAUUCUCACUCAGGAGGACUGGAACAUGGUUCUGUACAAUGGCAUGGCGUCCACCUCUCCCUUCGCUGCUCUCUACUUUGUGGCCCUCAUGACGUUUGGAAACUAUGUGCUCUUCAACUUACUGGUUGCCAUCCUGGUUGAAGGUUUCCAAGCUGAGGGUGAUGCAAACCGCUCUUACUCGGACGAUGACAGGUCUUCUUGUAAUUUUGACGAGAAUGAUAAGCAGAAGGACUCCCUGCACCUCUCAGACCCAAAGAUUUGUACCCUGACCCCUAAUGGGCACCUGGACCCAUCCAUGUUACCCGCUGGUCUGUUUCCUGGGGAGAAGUUGACCUUUUCGCUUGGCUCCAGGAAGAAUAGCGUUAUUUCUCUCGGCAGGGCUGAUUUGGACAGGAGAGCUGUGUAUCCAGGUAGAGGUUAUCACAACUGGGGCAGACCGCUCCCUCCCCAGCCUCACCCUUUGUGGACCCGCCGUUCCAGCUGGAGCAGCCUCGGAGGCCGACCCUGCUCCUCUUCGUCUCCCACUGCGAGUCCUGGCUACACUCCCACUUCCACCAGGCCUUUCUACGCCUACGGGCUCGGGGGUUUUGGAGGGGUGGUUGGAGGAAGCCUUCGUGUCCGUGGUCCUCGUGCCUCCUCGUCACCUCACCAUCACCUCUUCCAUCACAUCCAGCCAGAUGAGGAGGAGUCUCUUCUAUCUCCUCCAAACUGUCUUCGACUUCCCCAUCCGGAGCUCCAUGGAUGCAUAGCCUCACGGAGGGAUCGCCGAGCUCUUUCCCUGGAGCUACCUCACGUGCUGCAGGUUCCAGUUGAUCCACAUCACCCACUCCACCGCAGGAAGAAGAGCCUUUCUGGGGGACUGGUAAUCAGCAGCAGUGAGGACUUGGAGAGGGUUCACCAGGACUGUAAUGGGAAGACCCCACUGUCACACCUCCCGCUACCUCCAAAACGGCAGCAAACUAGAGGGGAAACCCCAGAGAGCCGCCUGCUUACUGACGUCUUCCCCCAGGUUAACACACGCAGCAAGGACAAGGAGGACCUGGACGAUGACAUUGACUACAGUUUGUGCUUUCGCAUCCAGAAGAUGUUAGAAGUGUACCGACCCGACUGGUGCGAGACAAGAGAGGACUGGUCCAUCUUCCUCUUCUCCCCUCGGAACAAGUUCAGACAGAUGUGUCAGUCCAUCAUCGCCCAUAAGCUCUUUGACUACAUAGUGCUGGUUUUUAUCUUUUCCAACUGCAUCACAGUGGCUCUGGAGAGACCCAAGAUACUACAAGGCAGCUUGGAACGAGUCUUUCUCACCAUCUCCAACUACAUCUUUACUGCCAUAUUUGUGGGCGAGAUGACUCUCAAGGUUGUUUCUAUGGGCUUCUACAUGGGUGAGAAGGCUUAUCUACGGAGCAGCUGGAACGUUCUGGAUGGAUUCCUGGUUUUUGUGUCGCUCAUUGACAUUGUUGUGUCCAUGGCGGGAGGGGCAAAGAUCCUGGGUGUGCUCCGAGUUCUCCGACUGCUCAGAACGCUGCGUCCCCUCAGAGUUAUUAGCAGAGCGCCGGGGCUGAAGCUGGUGGUGGAGACUCUUAUCACUUCCCUGAAACCUAUUGGCAACAUUGUCCUCAUCUGUUGUGCAUUCUUCAUCAUAUUUGGUAUUCUGGGAGUUCAGCUGUUUAAAGGCAAAUUCUUUUACUGUCUUGGCCCUGAUGUCAAAAAUAUCACAAACAAAUCUGAUUGUCUGCAAGUAAACUACAAGUGGGUCCAUCACAAAUACAACUUUGACAACUUGGGGCAGGCUUUGAUGUCCCUGUUCGUACUCGCCUCCAAAGAUGGCUGGGUCAACAUCAUGUACCACGGACUGGAUGCAGUUGGUGUCGACCAACAGCCGAUAACGAACAACAACCCAUGGAUGCUGCUGUAUUUCAUCUCCUUCCUCCUCAUCGUCAGCUUCUUUGUCCUGAACAUGUUUGUCGGCGUGGUCGUGGAAAACUUCCACAAGUGCCGUCAGCAUCAGGAGGUGGAGGAGGCCAAGAGGCGAGAGGAGAAGCGGCAACGGCGUAUGGAGAAGAAGAGGAGGAAGGCUCAGAAGCUGCCUUACUACUCCAGCUAUGGCAACAUGCGUCUGAUGAUCCACACACUCUGCACAAACCAUUACUUGGACCUCAUCAUCACUUUCAUCAUCUGCAUCAACGUGAUCACAAUGUCCCUGGAGCACUACAAUCAGCCUCGGUCUUUGGAUCUCGCCCUCAAGUACUGCAACUAUUUCUUCACCUCAAUGUUCGUGCUGGAAGCGGUGCUGAAGCUCAUCGCGUUUGGAUUCCGACGCUUCUUCAAAGACAGGUGGAACCAGCUGGACCUGGCCAUUGUUCUGCUGUCAGUGAUGGGCAUCACCCUGGAGGAGAUUGAGAUCAGCGCUGCCCUGCCCAUCAACCCCACCAUCAUCAGGAUCAUGAGAGUUCUGAGGAUAGCACGAGUGCUGAAGCUACUGAAGAUGGCAACAGGAAUGAGAGCCUUACUGGAUACAGUUGUCCAAGCCCUGCCUCAGGUGGGUAACCUGGGCCUGCUCUUCAUGCUACUGUUUUUCAUCUACGCCGCCUUAGGAGUAGAGCUUUUUGGAGAACUUGUUUGCAAUGAAGACUACCCAUGUGAAGGUAUGAGUCGUCACGCUACCUUUGAAAACUUUGGCAUGGCCUUCCUUACCUUGUUUCAAGUCUCCACGGGCGACAACUGGAAUGGCAUCAUGAAGGACACAUUGCGGGAGUGCCCACCUGACCAUAACACUGAUGUGGACUAUGCCUGCAAUCCGAGCCUUCAGUUUAUCUCGCCCAUGUACUUUGUCUCCUUUGUGCUCACCGCCCAGUUUGUGCUCAUCAAUGUGGUGGUGGCCGUGCUGAUGAAGCACCUGGACGACUCCAACAAGGAGGCCCAAGAGGAGGCGGAGAUGGAUGCAGAAAUUGAGCUGGAGCUGGCCCAGGGCACCCUCUGUUGCAUGGGCGCCCCCGGUUGUGGGGGUGGGGGGGUGGACAAUGGACUAAUCACUGUUGGAACGGCGCCUGGAGGUGUGGCCAGGAGAAAAGAGAGAGGAGGUCCCAGAGGAGAGAUGGGAGAAGAAGUAAGGAGGCUGCAACACGUAGUCACCACUGCACACAGGGGACCAUACAACCCCUGUGACUCCAACAGGUCGUCGUACUCUCCAGCACAAGAAAGCCAGUGGUUGGACAGCGUAUCUCUCCUUAUCAAGGACACUUUAGAGGGGGAGAUGCUGAUGAUCGACAACCUCUCCGGCUCUGUCUUCCACCACUACUCCUCUCCUCCACCUGUCUGCAAAGACUGCAAAGGGAAGCCCCUAGAGCAGAUCAGAAUGGCAGAGAUUGAGCAGGCGUCGCUGAAGUCGGAGCAACUCUCAGACAAGUCCUCCUCACCCGCUUUGCCAGAUGACCUCAGCCUGGAUGAACAUUCGAUCUAUCAGCUGCUGGCCCAGGAGGGCAAGGGAAGAUGCAGCAGUGACUCUCGCAGCUCUGAAGAGGCUGAUGGUGAAGCGGGUCACGGUGGAAUUCAUCAGAUUCAAAGCGUGGUACAGAACCAGCCGCAGGGGACGAGCCUACAGAACAAAUCCUAUGGCACUGGUACUGACACGGAGACUGUUCUACAAGAAAUGGAAAUGCAAACAUACAAACGGCAGAUGUGCUCACCCCAGAGCAGCCCUGAAGGUGGUGUUUCCAGCAUUAACAACAAGGAAAGCCGCAAAGAAGAUGGAGGAGGAGCCGUAGCAAGUGGUAUUUCUACCCUCUUCCAUCUGCCUGCAGAGUUCUUUCACUCUUCAGGUGCAAACGUCCCUACACCUGCCCGCAGCAGGAGUCUACGUCUGUCAAGAGGCCUUAGGCUGACCUCCCCAUACUCGUGGGCCUCCUUCCGCUCCCAUGUAGCUCAUAAGAAGAUGCUCUGUGCACAAUUCCCGUCCCACAGUGAUUCAUCCCUUGCCACUGGUAGCUCUGAGGGUAGCCUUCAGACCACCCUGGAAGAAGGACUGAGCUUUAGUGUCUCACCACCACAGAACCUGGAGUUGCCAACAGCUUCUUUGUCAACCAAACAGCCUAACUCACAGCCUGAAGAAGAAAUUAUAAUUUCCUCUUCAGGUCAGACCAUGAAGCCAAGGCCAAACUCCCAGUCUACUGUAACCCUUCUGGCCACCAGGGGUCACCAACGGAGCCAGAGCAGCGGGCGUGGCAGUACAAGCCCUGGGUACACCCGUGACGACUCCAUCGACCCCUCAGAUGAAGACUUGGGCAUAGGCAUUGGAUCGUCUAUCGGUGGUUGUGGCUCCAGCCAGGCGGGUAACAGUGAACACUUGUCAGAGGCACUGAGCAGCUUGUCACUGACAUCCCUGCUGUCACCCAGCUCUCUUGUGUGCCUUGGAGGGCCAGUAAAGAAGUGCAAUAGUACAGGUAGCCUUGACAAAGGAGGAAUGCUGCUGUCUGCACGGGUCAGGGAGGGCCACAGAGAAAUAAUUGGCCUGGAGCUUAUGGACCCCCAAGGCUUCUUGGCCAACCCUUGGACAGGAGUAAUAGUUGAUACCAGAAGAGGAGGAAGAAGAGGGGAGAUAGAGGAUGGAGAUCAUGGUUUGAAAGGAAAGAGCUCAAGCCAAACAACAAUAGGGUCUUGUCGAAAAAAUAGAUGAAACCUACUGUUUUCUCUUUCUACUUUACUUUCUUGGAACUAAACCCAUUGCUGUUCCUCGACCCUCUCUGCUCCAUCAGUGAGAGAGAGGUUUAUUGACACAAUGCUCUGUUUUCCAAAACCAAGCCCUCAUCUUGCCCUCUUUAUUUACAUUUCUCACAAGUCCUGUUUGUGCUCUCUAGGGGAAUUGACUUGAUGAUGGUUAUGGUGGCCUACCUACUUAAGGCCGACGAGCAGAAGAGAGACCUUUCUACCUUCUAGUUUUGAAAGACCCCCAAAAGGUCCUUUUCAAACUGGAAAACCAGGAGGUUAGGUCCAAUCAGGAAGUCAGGAGAAGUAGAUACAAUAAGCUUGAAGGAGCUGAAGUUGAGUGUGACUGAAAACAUAAAAAACAGAAGAACAGAAAGUCACACUGUUCACAAUUGUCGUGAGGGAUUUCUGAAAGGUAAUGCAUGAAGGUAAGCUAGAAGGAAAUGUGGCUGUUUUUCUUUGGAAAGGCAGAAAGUAGAUCUAAUGUCCAUCUGUUCUGGCAGACAGAAACAACAGUUUCCUUAAGCUCUUGCAAAGACCUUCUGUUGAGGUUGAAGCAUUAUUUCAGGUGGGGGAGAGUUCAAGAAUGUAAGUUCAUAGUCAUUGUGUGAGAGCACAGCCUCAGGUAUCACAGGCAUGAAUUAAAUCAUUUUCAUCACUGCAUCAUACCUCAGUGUUUUUGAAAGAGAAGAGAGGUCUCAGCGCUGGAGGUCUGUCAACUUCUUUGGUAGCGGAAAAUGAAAAGAAAUUGCAAGACAGAGGAGGUAUAACCGUGCAUGGAGUGAGUCGUGAAAUUGCUUAUUUUUUUCUUUCUCCAUCAUCUCUAACUCGCGAACGCAGAGAAAUUAGUGUGAAGAAGAGGGACAGUGAAUAGAGUUUAAUACAUUUGACCCGAAGGUAAGGCUGUGUGUGCAUGGGGCAACUAUUUUUGUGCACUGAAAUUUGACUCACAGCCGGUGAGACCUCAAGCACACUUCUUUUUUUACUGCACUUCCGAUCACCAUCUUUAUGGAUUUUAAAUGAACGGACAAAACCAAGUGUUGCAAGAGAGCUUGACUGCAUGAUGGGAUUGCAUUUAACCAAGAUUUUUAAUCUAUAUACAGAUGUGUAACAAGAUGUCAAUGUUGGGUGAUAAACCACGUGAUUCCUAUUCCAACUAUUUUUGUAGAAAAGAGAAUAGGCACAUGCAAUUGUUGCAUUAGUUUGUCCUGAUUUAUUUAACCCAUGCAGUGUCUUCGACUUGUGGUCUAGGGACUUUUUGUCUGCAAAUGGCUUCCAGUUUUAUAACAUUUUUUAAGGCAAAGACGUUGUAUAAAACAACAAAGCAAAAAAAAUUCAAAGAGACAUGUGCACUGGGUGAUUGUUCCCUGUGGUACAUUCUCUAUGGGAACACUUGGACUUUCUUUUUGUUUGUUUGCUUGUUUUCUAGCUGUUGAGUCUGUGGACAACCAGAGAUGGGGACAGCCAUAUUCACUCAGCACUUGCUCACAGGCAUUCCUGCACACAGGGAACUUUAUUUGCUCGUAGCCUUGUCACUGAAAACAAUGAGCAACGUAAAUCAUCACAAUGAAAGCUUUAGAUCACAACAUAUCGAUCAUGGGCACCUUAGUGUUCCUUAAGCAUGGUUCUGGGAUUGCAAUACGGUAUGGUUAAUCUAAAAAUGAUACCUUGAUGCACACAUCAAUUCUCCAUUCUCUUCACACACACACAAGAUGUCGUAGCAACUGAUUCAUAUUUCAUUAUUUCAAAAUUAACAUUUAUAAAAGCUUUGCAACAUUUAAGGGCCCCUUCAUGUUGGAUUAGGACCCCGCUACCCUCCUCGCGACCUGUAUGACUUGUUAAAAUGUGAAUGAAUAGUAGCAGUUUUUUUAAGGCUUGGAACACUCGUUUAUUCAAUGAAUUUGCAGUGGUCUUUAGUACGAAUGCCUUGUAAGUCAUCCAGGGGGGGUUGUGCCAUUUUCAGGAAGUAGAGGUGAGCCACAUUAUAGUUGAGCUUCAGAUGGCAGGAUUUGGAACCUUAUUUUGUGUAUGUUUUAUCUCCACAAAUACCGCAAGCCUGGAGGAGCUCUGCUGUGUGGUGGAGUUGCUAAUGCCAAUGGUUAGUUUCUAUGAGCCGAGAUGUUCUCUUUACUGGUUUCUUUCCUAAACCAACAACAGCCUUACCGGUUGCAAUCCAGACUGGGUGAGUCUGUGAAUGUUAAGUGAUAGCGUGACAUCAAUUUGUCGAAUCCUAGCAUUUCACCGUCUAUUUUCUAUCAGAAGCUAAUGCAGCAGGUAGGUGUAGGAGACUAUUUUCAUGUUCGGCCUGCAACUCAGAGUGACCAAUUAUAAUCAGACAAAAUAAUCAAAAAACAAUUUUUCAGUGUCCCACAUCUUUAAAAAGCCUCCUUCAGUGUGAAAACAAUCAUGACACAGCUUGUUAGCACACACAGUCUUAGCUUCCUAUUUCUGCUUCCUUGGAAUGCUGUAUUGAGCCCUCCCCAUUCUCUAUAUGUCAGCAGUACAACAACAAUCAUGCCACGUUUUGUACCAUAUCAGGAUGCAGCUAUGUACUAGUACAGUGGUCCCAAAACUUUUCAACUUUCAAACUCUGGGAACCAAUGGACUAGACGAUCAUACCACAAUAAUGGCUCUGAUGAUGUGAUUGGGUGUAGCCUUGACAGGACUGAUUUAAACUUUCUACGACCAAAAAAAAUGCCAAUGGAUGGGUCUUGUGUCAUGGAAACCUUCAUUCUCCACCAAGGAUCCUUAGACACUGUUGCUACCAUAAUAAACAACUACAACCUUGAUACCAAUGAUUUGUGCAUGCUAAACGCCAAUGUGGACCCAUCAAACUUCAUGUAAUGGGAGCCCACUGUAUUCCUAAUAUGAAACUGAAGAUCCAUGACCCUGCGAACAUUGUCCAAAUCCCGGAUGAGUAUUUAUGCCUUAUCAAGUUUUUCCUCUUGUGUGAAGGGGCCAUAAAGAAAAUAGUUUUGUUGCAGCAUUGAAAGAAUUACUCCAUCCAAAAGAGUGCUCAUUGUAAAGUUUGACUUUUAGAUUUUUGACCAUUGUCUUAGUUUUAAACUUUUGCUUCAAUAUGAAAUGAUAUGAGAAAGUUUUAGGGGUUGACCUCUUUUAUCAUGCAAAAUCACUUUGAUGACUAUGUUUGAUCACCUGGUGUUUAAUAUUUGUGUGUGUGUGUGUGUGUGUGUGUGUGUGUGUGUGUGUGUGUGUGUGUGUGUGUGUGUGUGUGUGCGCUAGUAGCUUCAGGUGAAGUGAUUGCCUUUUCCUGAAGUGUCUUGUUUGUCAACGAGGUUUCCUGAUGUUUUAAGGUUAAAGAUGAAAACAUUAAGCAACCAAGGGCUGUUUAGCUUCAAAGAUAUAUCAACCAAUCUUUCUGAGACAAAUCCUUGUGUCAAUGAAUAUGGCAUCAAAGGUUAAACCUGACUACUCAGCAAUAAAUGUUCUAUGUGCAUGCCCUGAGAAA